UUCUUUGUUCAAAUAAGUUAUUAAAAUAUCAAUUAAUGAAUUAUGAUCAACAUGAAAGCACAUAUUAUAUUCUUACUGGAAAAAAUUCAAAUUUGAUAUAUAUUCUAUUUAAAAAGUUAUUUUCGAACAUUGUUCUUAACCGAGACUGAAGAAAUCGUAAGAAUUGUUAUAAGGAACACUGAUCCGUAGAGUAAAAUUAUCGUGCUCUCUUAGAAUUUAUCAUUCAUCGUUCAGACGGUCAAGCGAUUUAGCCACUUAUAAAAUCAGUGUCUUGAAAAUUCUGUUACGGGAGCUAUAUGAACUUACGAACAAUAAUUGAUAAGAUGUUCUUCUUUAUAAUAUCAGGGUUGCUUACAAUACUAUUCUUAUUGCAUUACUUAACAAGAUAUGGCAGAUUAGGAAAUAUUUCUAGUCGAAUUGUGGGACCAAAAGCAUACCCCAUAAUAGGAAAUUUAUAUCAUCUUCAAGUUGACAAUGAACAAUUAUUAGAAAAACUUUGGAAAAUCAAUAAGGAAUUUUCUCCAAUUAACAGAUUGUGGUCAUUAUUUUUUUCAUUAAUAACUAUAAUUCAUCCGGAAGAUGUCGAGAUACUUUUGAAGAGUACGCAACAUCUAGAAAAAACUAUACCUUAUAAAUUCAUACAACCUUGGCUUUCCACUGGAUUAAUAACUGGAGCAGGAGAAAAAUGGCAACACCGACGAAAAAUUUUAACGCCAACCUUUCAUUUUAACAUCCUUAAACAUUUUAUUGUCACUUUUAACGAGGAGGCACAGUAUCUCGUAACAUUACUGAAAGAAGAAGGAAAAGGAGGAUCGAUUAUCAAAGAUUUACAGGAAUUUUUACCUGUACAUACUUUAAACGCGAUAUGCGAAACGGCUAUGGGAAUCUCUUUAAGAGGAACGGGCGAAUUUGAAACUAAAUAUCGCCAUGCCCUUCAUGAUUUCGCCAGAAUAGCGGUCUAUAGAAUAGCAAGACCAUGGUACCAUUCCGAUACAAUAUUUGCAUUAUCGCAACGUGGUAGGCAACAAAAGAAAUUAUUGAAAACGCUUCACGGUUUUUCGAAAAAGAUAAUAGCAGAAAGGAUACUAUUUCAUGAACAAACUAAGGGGAAAUAUUUACAAAAUGUUGAAGAAAUAAAUGAUAAUCAGAUCUCUUCCGAAAAAACCGACGAGAAUAAUAUGAAUCCCGUAAUCAAUAAAAGACUGGCUUUGCUAGACCUACUCAUAGCCGCUUCUCAGAAUGAUAAUCAACUCGAUCAAGAUGGAAUACGAGAAGAAGUCGACACAUUUAUGUUUGCGGGUCACGAUACUACGGCAAUGGCGUUAUGUUUUGCUCUGCUUCUUUUUGCAAAACACAAAGAUGUUCAGGAACGUAUAAGAAAUGAAGUGAAAACGGUUAUGCAACAAAGUGAUUGUAAACUGACUAUUCCGAUACUUCGAGAAUUUUCAUAUUUGGAAAGAUGUCUCAAAGAAUCACUACGUUUAUAUCCAAGCGUUCAUUUUAUAGCUCGAUAUAUAUCUCAUGAUCUGCAGCUGAAGAAUCAUUUAAUCCCAGCCGGAUCAAUAUGUAAUGUAAACAUCUAUAGCUUACACAGAAAUCCAAAUAUUUGGACAAAUCCUGAUGUUUUCGAUGCGGAUAGAUUUUUACCAAAAAAUACAAAAGGACGUAAUCCUUAUUCCUUCAUUCCAUUCAGUGCAGGACCAAGAAACUGCAUCGGGCAGAAAUUCGCAAUGCUUGAACUCAAACUCAUGGUAGCUUACAUAUUGCACAACUUCUAUUUAGAACCUGUAGAUGAACUGGACGAAGCUGAAAUGAUAGCAGAAAUUACAUUGCGCUCAUCGCAACCACUUCGUAUGGAAAAUAAUCGGACUGUAACGACUAUAGAAUGGUCGAUGUCACUUCUCGAUCGAUGCGUGAAUAAUGAAAGAUGUAAAAAUAAAAUUGAAGUUCGAAUUGUGGGACCAAAAGCAUAUCCCAUAAUAGGAAAUUUAUAUCAUCUUCAAGUUGACAAUGAACAAUUAUUAGAAAAACUUUGGAAAAUGAAUAAGGAAUUUUCUCCAAUUAACAGAUUGUGGUCAUUAUUCUUUUCAUUAAUAACUAUAUUUGAUCCGGAAGACGUCGAGAUACUUUUGAAGAGUACGAAACAUCUAGAAAAAACUAUACCUUUAAAAUUCUUACAACCUUGGCUUUCUACUGGAUUAGUAACUGGUGCAGGAGAAAAAUGGCAACACCGACGAAAAAUUUUAACGCCAACCUUUCAUUUUAACAUCCUUAAACAUUUUGUUGUCACUUUUAACAAGGAGGCACAAUAUCUCGUAACAUUGCUGAAAAAAGAAGGAAAAGAAGGAUCGAUUAUCAAAGAUUUACAGGAAUUUUUACCUCUACAUACUUUAAACGCGAUAUGCGAAACUGCUAUGGGAAUCUCUUUAAGAGGAACGGGCGAAUUUGAAACUAAAUAUCGCCAUGCCGUUCAUGAUUUCGCCAGAAUAGCGCUCUAUAGAAUAGCAAGACCAUGGUACCAUUCCGAUACAAUAUUUGCAUUAUCGCAACGUGGUAGGCAACAAAAGAAAUUAUUAAAAACGCUUCACGGUUUUUCGAAAAAGAAUUUGAUAACAGAUCCCGUAAUCAAUAAAAGACUGGCUUUGCUAGACCUACUCAUAGCCGCUUCUCAGAAUGAUAAUCAACUCGAUCAAGAUGGAAUACGAGAAGAAGUCGACACAUUUAUGUUUGCGGGUCACGAUACUACGGCAAUGGCGUUAUGUUUUGCUCUGCUUCUUUUUGCAAAACACAAAGAUGUUCAGGAACGUAUAAGAAAUGAAGUGAAAACGGUUAUGCAACAAAGUGAUUGUAAACUGACUAUUCCGAUACUUCGAGAAUUUUCAUAUUUGGAAAGAUGUCUCAAAGAAUCACUACGUUUAUAUCCAAGCGUUCAUUUUAUAACUCGAUAUAUAUCUCAUGAUCUGCAGCUGAAGAAUUAUUUAAUCCCAGCCGGAUCAAUAUGUAAUGUAAACAUCUAUAACUUACACAGAAAUCCAAAUAUUUGGACAAAUCCUGAUGUUUUCGAUGCCGAUAGAUUUUUACAGGAAAAUACAAAAGGACGUAAUCCUUAUUCCUUCAUUCCAUUCAGUGCAGGACCAAGAAACUGCAUCGGGCAGAAAUUCGCAAUGCUUGAACUCAAACUUAUGGUAGCUUACAUAUUGCACAACUUCUAUUUGGAACCUGUAGAUGAACUGGACGAAGCUAAAAUGAUAGCAGAUAUUACAUUGCGCUCAUCGCAACCACUUCGUGUCGAAUUUAUUCCUAUAAAAUGACUCAUAUCAAAUAUUCGAUGAUUUCAAGAUGAAAUAAAUUGCAAAUGCAA